GGCAUUAGAACAGCGCCAGAACUGCCAAAAAAAACCAAAUUUCCGCGGACGUGGAAGCAACCUUUUGUUUUGCUAUGCUAAUUAAUAGUUAUUAGUUUGUUCAACCCAGAUCGGAUGGAUGUUUGAGUGGGUAAUACUUUUCACCAGGCAAGGUUCUUGAGGGAAAACCACGUUGCAGCGCUAGAUGAAAGACAACCCAGCAAACACCGCAAAACACCUGAGCUAACAAUCUAUUAUCACCAGUAUUCCGCGGCAUUGUACCACUUUUAAUGGUUCACAUAGACACCCGUAGAGCGGACACGUAGCCACGGAUUUCCGGCAAAUAUGCGGCGACCCAAUCUCAAAUGGAUAGUGAAGGCCUCGCUGCUUCUGUUGGUCUCUCUGACACUCUUUAUACUGAUAACCAGUUGGAUCUCCUCCAGCCCGUAUACCAAUAAACCCGUCCAUCAUGGAGGCGUGGAACCUAUGCCCGAAAAGGCUGGCCUUUCCGGCGAUAUUCAGGCAAGGCUGCCAGCUAUUAGACAACCAGAGCCUAGAAAACAACCGGAACCCGACUUUGAAGAGGAUCCUGAGCUGCAGAAGGUCGAUGAACCGGAGCCAGACGAUCAGGAUGUCCACAAUCCCCGGCCGGCGAACGAUGAACCUGGGCAGCAGCCCCAGGAGGAGCUGCAGAUGGCUCCGCCAGCCGAUGCGUCGGUGAAGAAAGAUUGGCACGACUACACGGCCAUGCAAAAGGACGCCAAACGAGUGGGUCUCGGGGAGAAGGGAAAGGCCGCCUCGCUGGACGAUGAAUCCCAGCGGGAUUUAGAGAAACAAAUGUCCCUGGAAAAUGGAUUUAAUGCCCUGCUUUCGGACUCCAUAUCGGUCAACCGUUCCCUGCCCGACAUCCGCCACCCUCUCUGUCGCAAGAAGGAGUAUGUCGCCAAGUUACCCACUGUCAGUGUAAUCAUCAUUUUCUACAACGAAUACUUGAGCGUGCUGAUGCGCUCAGUUCACAGCCUGAUUAACCGCUCGCCGCCGGAGCUGCUCAAGGAAAUAAUUCUGGUGGACGAUCACAGCGACCGAGAGUAUUUGGGUCACGAUCUGGAAACCUACAUUGCGGAACACUUCAAGUGGGUCCGCGUGGUGAGAUUGCCAAAGCGCACGGGUCUGAUAGGAGCCCGAGCGGCUGGAGCAAGGAAUGCCACUGCCGAGGUGCUCAUCUUCCUGGACUCGCACGUGGAGGCCAACUACAACUGGUUGCCACCGCUGUUGGAACCCAUUGCCCUGAACAAGAGGACGGCGGUGUGUCCCUUUAUCGAUGUGAUUGAUCACUCCAACUUCAAUUACCGGGCGCAGGAUGAAGGAGCCCGGGGUGGCUUCGACUGGGAAUUCUACUACAAGCGGUUGCCCCUGUUGGAGGAGGAUCUUAAUCACCCCGCCGAUCCAUUUAAGAGCCCUGUAAUGGCUGGCGGUCUCUUUGCCAUUUCUUCGGAGUUCUUCUGGGAACUGGGCGGCUACGAUGAGGGUCUGGACAUCUGGGGCGGCGAGCAGUACGAGCUAAGCUUUAAGAUCUGGAUGUGCGGCGGCGAGAUGUAUGAUGCUCCCUGCUCUCGCAUUGGUCAUAUAUAUCGGGGACCUCGCAACCAUCAGCCGAGUCCAAGGAAGGGCGACUAUCUGCACAAGAACUACAAACGCGUGGCUGAGGUUUGGAUGGACGAGUACAAGAACUACCUGUACAGCCACGGCGAUGGACUUUACGAGAGUGUGGACCCUGGAGAUCUGACCGCGCAGAAGGCAAUCCGCACCAAGCUGAAGUGCAAGUCCUUCAAGUGGUUCAUGGAGGAGGUGGCUUUCGAUUUGAUGAAGACCUAUCCGCCAAUAGAUCCGCCGGCAUACGCUCUGGGCGCCAUUCAGAAUGUGGGGAACAAGAACCUUUGCCUGGACACGAUGGGCAGAAAGAAACACAACAAGAUGGGCAUGUACGCGUGUGCCAACGAUAUAAAGAUACCGCAGAAAACGCAAUUCUGGGAGCUGAGCUGGAAACGAGACUUGCGGCUGCGGCGAAAGAAGGAGUGCCUUGACAUCCAGAUCUGGGAUGCCAAUGCGCCCGUUUGGCUUUGGGAUUGCCACAACCAGGGUGGCAACCAGUACUGGUACUACGACUACCACAAGAAGCUGCUCAAGCACGGCACGGAGGGCAGGAGAUGCCUGGAGCUGCUGCCCUUCUCGCAGGAGGUGGUGGCCAACAAAUGCGACCCAAGCAAUCGCUUCCAGCAGUGGAACUUUGGCUCCUUCAACCAAACCGCGCUGGACAACUACUCCCAGGACCUCGUCCUCAGCCUUUAACCGCUGCACAGCGAUAUCACUUGCCAUGUACUUAAAAAGCUUCGAUGUAAAUAACUAGGCUAGAUAGGUUGUAUGGCCAUUGGGCCAAUUUAAAAUUUACCCCGACUCAAGCGCACAUUUCCAUAGCAAUAUUAGGGACUUUAAAUGUAUCUUUAUAAAUAGUGCAUCUCAAAGUAAUUCCAUUUGCGACAAACAUGAUUUGUGACGAAGUCUUGGAAUUUUGUUUGGUUUUAAGCAAAGUUCUGAGUAAACAAUUUAUUAAAGGAAAAUUUAUAGUGAACGUCUUAGGUUUUGUAAUACAAAAAAUUUGUAUUCCAAUCAUUUUUAAAAUAACAUUGGGCUAGUUACAUACUUUAUUGAAGUAUUACCCCCACGAACCCAUUUAUAAACCGUAAAAGAAAUAAUCAGUAUGGCGAUUUUAACUUUGUUUUCGUUUUAUUUAAUAUUAAUAUCUGGUUGCUUUCCAUGCGCGUACUUUAAAUAAAUAUAAUUUAUGUUUUUUCUCAUCCAUCGACCUUCGUGCUUCACAAUCUGUAUAUACGUUCUCGGUUGUGUGUAUCGUUUUACAAUAUGUAUGUAUCAUCGCAAUAUCGUAUCUCUCGCAGAUUUCGCACCUGAAACUCGCUAAAUCAGGUGCGCUAUCAUUGUUCUCUUUUCUGAUUUCUAAUUUCUGAUUUCCGCUUAUUACUUAUGCUGCUCAGUGUUAAUUGGUUUUUGUUUCUGCUUUAUCAUAUGCCAAUACGUAUAGUUUAUAUAUAAGGUGCACGCCGGGCGCCCCGCGAAACUCAAAAGUCGGUUUGGGGUGUGUAACUUAAUGAUGGCAAAGGAUUUGCUUUUAUUUGAAAAUGAUAAAAAAGCAUUUACAAACUAUAAUAGUUGUUGGCUUGCGUAAUCAGUUAAUCAAUUAUCAUAAGUUAUAUUAAUAUAUAUAUAUAUUUAUAUAAACAUUUAAAUAUUUAUCAAAACAUGUUUUUUCUUGUUGCUCAAAAGUCUUCUUCGCUGCCUUACAUUUACAUUACAUUACGUACAGUUUACAUACGAUCUAUAUGUCCGUUCGUCAAAUUAAAAAUCGUAUUAUCAAUAACCGUUUUUGCUUAUCCUUUCCUUGUUUUAAAUUGUUUUUUAUUUUUGUUUUGUGCAAAAUAUAUUUAUAUGUAGACUAAUUUGAUUUGAAAUUCAGUUGCGCUGCCACAUUUGCAUUCUAAUCUUUAAUUUUUAUUUUAACUUUUGGAUGGAUGCAAAUUAUUAAUUGAGUUUUAUACAACAAUUACAAAUGGUUAGGCAAAUAAGUUUAGUAUUAGUUGUUGGUUGUUUAGUGCUUAAUACUUGAUUGGUUUCGAGUCUUUUUGGGUUUUUCAAACUAAAUCUUGCAGAAAUAAUAAUAACUAGAAUUAACCCCUUAUUUGCCGUCGAUUUGCGCAUAAAUAAAUAUAUUUAACCUUC